AUGAAAUUUUCUGGAUUUCGCAGUGUGAUUGGUUCCAUAUGGUCUGUCGACGACGAGGUUGUGCAGGAGGUUGCAUCUGCUUUUUACGGUAACCUGGUGGAUGGUUCUGGGAGAUUGGAUUGCACGCGCGCUGCGAUGGCGUUGAACAAAGCUGUGAAGAAAUUGCGGCGCAAUAAUAUUCCACUAGAACAGCAGAUCGUAUUUGUUCACAUAGGGCGCGUGUCCGACUUCCGUAAAAUAAAGCGCGCCUUGAGCGGCGAAAGUUACGGAAGGAUGGAGUUUGUGCGCCAUCGAGAGUAUGGAAAUGUGAGACAGGAACAUCGGCGGGGUGGAGCGGAACAAACACGGCUCCGGUACUCUUCUAGUAUCUGGUCAAAGGGUAUUAACAAGUGUGCAGGAUGGUAUGGUUAUUCGGGGCGCUGGUUGCUGAGCUUUUCACAUACUUUGAAGGUUAUUGCAGCACUCCAAGUUCAGCAGCGGUGCAUCCCCAGCGAGGCGGUGCCGCCCGUAAUGUUUCUAUUCGUCGUCGUCGGGUCACAGCUGCGCAUGAGCCGGCGCCGGCAGUACGACAACAGUUCAGCCGCGCAUCUGCUGAUGUGCACGUCGCCAGUGGUUCUACUAUUAUCCUCGCCGAGGAACUAUGAAUCUGUUUAUGACAGAGCAGGAGAUACUGCACUCACUCGCAGAGGGUAG